AUGGCCGAUGAGAAGCAGUUCCGGCGCCCCAAGUGGUGCUGCCCGCCCCGCAGCCCGGAGCGCCAGAAGCGGCCCGUGCGCGUGCUGGGCACGCAGGAGGCGGCGCGCAGCUGGGAGCUGCUGGAGAAGGCCGUGUACCUGGUGGGCCGCCACGAGAGCGCGGACUUCCGGCUCCAGGGCGAGCUGGUCUCCAGAUCACAUGCCGCUGUCCUGCAGGACGCGGAGGGGCAGCGGUUCCUGGUGGACCUGAAGAGCACCCACGGCACCUUCCUGGACUCCGCGCGGCUGAGGAGUCACGAGCCCACGCCCUGGCGCGAGGGCCAAAUGGCGUCCUUCGGCUUCGGCCCCAAGGCGAGCUUCAUGGUGCUGGGGACCAUGGAUGAGCCGCCGGCGAAGCGGAGAAGAACGGAGGAAGAGGACUCGCAGGUGGUGGAUGCGAAGACGGACGACCCCAUGGCAGCACUCUACGGAGACCUGCCGGAGGCAGCGGAGGUGGUCGCGCCAAAGGUGGUGGAAACCAGGCUGCCGCCGCUGCCGGCGCCCAGCAAAGAUCCCACCAGGGUUAUCUUCCUGGACAUCGAUGGGGUCUUGAGACCGCUGCACAGCAGGCAGGACGCCUUCCAGAACACCCGGACCAUCGAGAUCAACGGCGCCCGGGUGCCUCUGCUGGGCAGCGGCGAGGCCAAGGCCGGCGUGGACUUCUGGCCCACCGCCCUCCGCGCGCUAAGGUUCAUCGUCCAGAAGACGGAGGCGCGCAUCGUGCUGAGCUCGGAUUGGCGGAAGCAGGAGGUGCUGAGGGAGGGCAUCGCCAGCUCCUUCGAGGAGCACGGCAUCCCGGAGCUCUACAGCGCCACGCCGGACCUGGACCAGGCCACCCCGGGGGUGAUCAAGGCCCUGCACAGCUCCUUCCGGGAGAAGCGGUGCAAGGAGAUUCGGAAGUGGCUGAAGCAGAACCCCAAGGUCACCCACUUCUGCGCCAUCGACGAUGUGGACCUCAGCCUGCCCGACAAGAAGCGCUCAGACACGGAGGUCUUCCUGGACCCGGACCGCGAGUUCGUGAAGACGAACCCCAUCGUGGGGCUGACGAUGGACAUCGCCAAGCUGGUGAUCUGCUACCUCAACGGCCUGGAGCCCUCAGAGGAGCUGCUGGCCGCGGUCUUCGGGGAGAUUUCCGGCACCACCUGA